CCUGACUGUUGGAUCGAUUUUCUCCCUGAACACAAAAACCCUAAUUUUCACCCACUCUGCUCAUUAACCCUAAUACGCAGCUGGAACUGCUGCCGAGACAUUAACCAAACCCACCACCCGAAUUGGAGUCGGAUCUACACCGUAAAGAACCUGUUGAGAUGGAGAAGGGAGGGCUGAUUGUUCCGGAAUCUGUACUGAAGAAACAGAAGAGGAGUGAGGAAUGGGCUUUGGUGAAAAAGCAGGAAUUUGAGUCUUCAAAGAAGAAGAAGUCAGAGCAACGCAAGCUCAUCUACAACAAAGCUAAACAGUAUGCGAAGGAGUACGAGCAACAGGAGAAGGAACUCAUCCAAUUGAAGCGCGAGGCAAGGUUGAAAGGGGGAUUUUAUGUCGACUCUGAGCCCAAGCUGCUGUUUCUCAUUCGAAUCCGUGGUAUCAAUGCCAUGCACCCACAGACAAAGAAGAUUUUGCAACUCCUGCGUCUACGACAGAUUUUUAAUGGUGUGUUCCUAAAAGUCAACAAGGCAACAUUGAAUAUGUUGCACAGAGUUGAGCCCUACGUGACUUACGGAUACCCCAACUUGAAGAGCGUGAAAGAAUUGAUAUACAAGAGGGGCUAUGGCAAGGUCAACAAGCAGAGGAUUGCUUUGACAGACAAUUCAAUUAUUGAACAGGUUCUUGGCAAACAUGGGAUUAUCUGCAUGGAAGAUCUUGUUCACGAGAUCAUGACUGUUGGACCUCAUUUUAAGGAGGCCAACAACUUCAUCUGGCCAUUCCAACUGAAGGCGCCAUUGGGUGGUCUGAAGAAGAAGAGAAAUCACUAUGUUGAAGGAGGAGACGCUGGAAACCGUGAAGAUUAUAUAAACGAGCUUAUCAGAAGAAUGAACUAGAUUUUGUUCCUUUUACUGUGUUGGAGAAUCUGAGGUUCUUUAGUCUGUUAUUGGAAAUUCGAGAAAUCUCUCAUUUUUACUCUGAUGACUUUUCUUUUUCCGUGCAACUGUUCUAGAUUAAUUUUGUUUUAAGAUUUUUACGCUUAAUUAUGUUUAAUUUAAGGCUUUGCAUCCAA